AGUCUACCGCCAUCGCCGCAUCGAACACCUGCCGCCUAACUGAACAAGCUCAAUAAAAAAGGACUUUGAGAAAAGAUAUAAAUUUAUUUCAAACAUAAAAGAGUCCUUUUUGUUAUUUGUGGAACUUUCGUCCUUUAAAGCGAGCCGAAGAACAAGAUUAAAAUAAUCGAAUACAAAAUAAAGAACUACAUCUAAAAGAAAAAUCAAUCCUUUUUAUCUGUGUGAAUAUAUCCUUGAAAUUUCAUAUAGAAAACCCUGCACCGGUUGUCAAAGCACAAAAAUCAAUUAACAUCAUCUCUCGCUCUUUGAUCCCUGAAAAUUCAAUAAAUCCUUUACAAAAGAAAAACUAAACAAAUAAAAACAAUUGAAAUUUUGUUAAAAUAAAGUUUAAGUUAUGACCUCCCACGGCAACCCCUCGUACAUGGAUCACGGUAGUCCUUACGGUUCCUCGUCCUCGACAAAUCCUCGACGAACAGCUCAAUCGUCAACGGGCUACUAUCAAAAGGGUGGAACUUCUUCGGGUGGUUCACCAUCAAGAUCUGGGAGUGGUACUGGCAGCGGCAAUGGCGGUAACAACAAUGGAGCAGGAAACUCUGGAGCUUUGGUGCAUCGACAGAGCUCCCAACAGCAGCAGCAGCAACAACAUGACCAAUCAAGCCUGCAUCCUGAGGAUUCUCUGGAAUACUUUAUCAAAUUUCCAACUCCACAUUUCAAGAAGGAAAUCGACUCGGCUGAAUCGGAUUUUGUGUUCGUCUACAAGGAGACGAAUGUUCCUAUCGUAAUGUUGCUCGGAUGGGCUGGUUGUCAGGAUCGCUAUUUGAUGAAAUAUUCCAAAAUUUAUGAAGAUCGAGGUUUAAUUACAGUCCGUUACACAGCCCCUGUGGAAACACUCUUCUGGAAACGAACUGCAAUGAAACCCAUUGGCGAGAAAAUUCUUAAACUUAUUCAUGACAUGAAUUUCGAUUCGCAUCCAUUGAUAUUUCACAUAUUUUCAAAUGGUGGAGCAUAUUUGUACCAGCACAUAUCUUUAGCAAUUAGGAAUAAUAAAAAUCCGAUCCAGAUACGUGGAAUGAUUUUUGAUUCUGCACCUGGUGAACGGCGGAUGUUGGGUUUGUUUAGAGCAGUGACAGCUAUAUAUGGCAGAGAGAAAAGGAAAUGUAAUUGUUUAGCUGCGGUUUUCAUAACAUUAACAUUGAGUUUUAUGUGGUUUGUUGAGGAAACUUAUACAGCAUUUAAAAGUCUAUUUGUGAAAACCGAGCCCUCGCAAACAAAUCCGUUUAAUGAUUUGAAAAAUGAACCAAACCAAUUUCCUCAACUAUUUAUGUAUUCGAAAGGUGAUGUUGUCAUACCAUAUGAGGAUAUUGAAAACUUUGCUAAAUACCGCGAACAACGUGGCGUUGAUGUCUCGAAAAUAUGUUUCGAAGAUGCUGAACAUGUUAAAAUAUAUACAAAAUAUCCCCAACAAUAUAUUCAUUGUGUUUGUUCAUUUAUAAAUAAUUGUUUAGCAACAAGCUAUAAAGGUUCAUCAAAAUUCGAUUAAACAAAAACAAAAAAGAAUAAAGAAAUAAGGAAAUAAGGAAACAAUGCGCCCAAAAAAAUAGACACACUAAGAUUUACAAAAUAAAACAAAAGAAGUUAUACCUCUCUUUCUCUCUUCUGAUAAAUUGUUCUAAAUUUUUGAAAGAAAAAACAAACAAGUUCUUAAAAAAAUAGUAAAAUUUAUUUUUUAUCUCUAUCAAAAAGAAAAAAAAAUUAAAACAAAAAAGUUUAUACAAGAUAAAAAAAAGUUUGUGACAAAAUAUUUUUUAAAAUUUUGUGAUACUAAUCGAAAUUUAAAAAUUUGAUUUUUAAGUUAAAAAGCUUUAGCUAUAAAAUGAAAAGUUGUGGUUAAGCUUAAAGCUCAAAAGCUUUUAAGCGUAUGUUAAAAAAUUGUGUUGAAUUGUAUUUUUUUUCUAUUUAAUAUUAAAAGUAGCAAAAAGAAGCAUCUUAAAAAAAUGUAUUGUAUUUUAAAAGGCUUAAAUCAAAAUGAUGUCAAUUGUCAAAACUUUUCAAAAGUUUACGAGAAUUUUCUGAACAAAUUAAGAUUUUCUGUGAUUUUUUAUUCUAACUGAACUCGAACUAAAAAUCACAGAUAUUCAGACUUAAAGAAAAACUUAUAAUAUUUCUGUUUUCAAAUAAUAAAAUCCUUCAAAUUGUUGGUAUGUAAAAUUUAAACGAAUUGAAAAUUCUGCUUCAAUUUGUAUUAAACCUUAUAGUUUUUAAAACUCAUCCAAAGUCACAGAUUGUCCCAUUUAAAAGUUGUUAACCUGGCCUGACUUUGAAGUAUAAUUCGAAAUCUUAAUUAUUCGAAUUCGAAAAAUUCAUCUUGUCCGAAAAUCGAAGUUCCCAAUAUUUGUCAAUUUAUUGUUGUAUACGAACUCUACAGAAUUUUGGACUAAAAAAAAUCUAAAAUCAAGGAAAUUAUGUGUUAUGGAACAUUAUAACUUGUUAUUUAAGAGUUCAAAAGUUACAAUUUUGAGAAAGGAUUCGGGAAAAUCUGCUUUCAAAUUGAUUCAAUUUUCACAUUGGAUGACAGAUCCAGGGACUAUAAAGAAUUUAUUAUUUACUGUUUGUUUAUUUCGAAGCUUGAUCAAAAGGAUAACACUUAAAAGCCUUAGAAGCUUUACAAACGUCUUUAAAGAAUGUGUGUCUAUAAUUGUAUUGUAUGAAGUGAAGAUGCAGCUUAAAAUUUUAUGAAUUUUAAAUUCAUAAAAAGAAUUUUUAAAAAGUUCCCAGCUAUUUAUCUUUUCUUCAUGUUAAUCUCAAAAGCAUUUUAUAUCAGACGGUUGAACACCAAUGUAAAAUUGGAUUCUUUUCGACGCGCCUAUAUUUUGACAUUUCAUCAUUUUAUCCUGUUCACAUGAAUAUAAAAAUAAAACAGUCUGUCUCACUUCCUUAUCUCUUUUUAACGAGAUAGUGAUUAAACGUCAAAACGAGUAGUGUCAAAGAGUCUAAUGUGAUCACCGUCUUAUCAAUUUAACAAAAUUUAACAUUAAAUUGUACUUUAAUUCAAACAAAAUCAACUUGAACCCAAAUUUUGCUUCAAAAGUUUUAGUAUAUAUCAAUUAUUAAUGGAAUUAUACCGAAAGCUGGAUAGCAUCAUUUAUAUAGCUUUUACAAGCUUAAAACGAGAACAACUUCGUCAGAACCACAAAAAGUGAGUCUUUUAAUUAACCUUUAUUAGAUGUUGAUACUUUUAUAUUCUUUCUUUUUUAACAUCCAUCAGGAAGAGAAUAGUAAUAUUGUAGAUAAAUUAAAACAAAAACAAAAUAAAAAUUAUAUUAAAAUUAUCCAAAAAUACUAAAAAACAAAUUAUUCCUAAACUUAAAAAUGAACAAACUUGUGACGACAAAAAAAUACACAAAUUUCUAAGAAAUUUCUUUCUGAAAAAUAAUUAAAAAAUCAUUAAUAAAUAAUUAAAAAAACAAAAAAAGUCAACUUGUUAUAAAAUAUAAAUAUUGUAUAUGUAUAAGUAGAUAAGUAGUAGAUAUGUAUGUAUGUUUAAUUUUGGAUUGAAAAACAUUUUCGAUAUAAUAAUUUAAAACCAAACACUUUAAAUAAAAAGCGUAAUUCAACAUGGAAAAUAGAAAAAACAAACUUAACAAAUAAAUAAUACAACAUACAGGUAGUUGAAUGCUUUUAGUAAUUUAUAAUUUUUGUUUUUUUUAUUUUUAAACUUAAAAACUAAAUACAAAUUAUUGUCAAACGCUUAAUUAUUAUAAGAACAUAAAAGAAAGAACAAAGAAAAUAAAUAAAUGGAAACCAAAAAUGAUGCACAAACAUUUAACAAAAAAAUAUUAAU